UCCUGUCACUCCCACACCGACAACUACUAGCACACUAUCAACUAUCACUCGUACAGCACCACUAGUACGCCCUCGAAUACCACUCACACGCCAUCGAAUACCACUCACACGCCCUCGGAUACCACUCACACGCCAUCGAAUACCACUCACACGCCAUCGAAUACCACUCACACGCCCUCGAAUACCACUCACACGCCGUAGAAUACCACUCACACGCCGUCAAGUACCACUCACACGCCUUCGA